CUGAGCGAGGUGAGCAAGUAGGGAGAGAUCUGUUCAUUGACGGAUUCCGCAGUCGGACAAUAAGGGCUAAGUUGCGAAAGCAGUUUUCCCCCAUUACCCAUACGUUACAACAAAUUAUGGUUGCUGCGGAAGAAAUGGAACGGAAGUUCGCGGCGAACUUCCUAGAAGGAGAAGACUACCCUAGAGACGGAGAUUCGACAGAGCUUGCACGAGCAAGAGCAGAGCUGACUGCUUUACAGAACAAAUUUGAAAACAUGGGGUUUGUAUCAGGACCUGUCAUCUAUAUGGAACAGAUAGGCCCCAAACGAGUAAUCCUAAGCGAGACUCCGAGCAUCUCUGCUCCUAUGAUGCCCCCGCCCGUCAGGGCCUUACCCCCGCCGCCGGUUGAGGCUCCUGUACGAUCAAACGAAUCGGCGGUCAUUUUCGAACUAACCAAAACCUUGAUUAGUUUGAUCCAAAAAAGCAAAAAGGACCAACGAGAGCAUAAAGCUCGGUUGGAAGCCAUGAUGAGGAACAUGCGACCCAUUGCGGUGCGUGCCCCUCCGAUGCAGCAAGGAUUAACCCCAGCCCCUGCUCUCGGGGGAGCUGCGAACAAUCUGAAUGUCUGCUACGCUUGUCAUCAGCCCGGACAUCUAGCCCGUGAUUGCCCCCACCGACCCCCACAACAGCGGAUCGGAGCCGCACCUAUGGCUGCGGCUCCCAUCGCCAACGGACUUGGACGAGUCGGAGCCCUGAUGGAAGAAAUAGAGGGUGGGGGAAGUGCCCUGGCUACCUUGGAAGAGGCCGCCGAGCUAAUCUCGCUAGACCAAUACGUAUCGCUAGGAUAUCCUGGGCUUGGAAUGAUCGGAACAAUCCGACCAGCACCAGAACCGAAAGAGAUGGUGGAGUGGCGACCGUCCCUAGGAGAAAUGGAGUCGGGAGGACCCACCUUCCUCACAGGGGAGAUCGAUGUAUUAAACAUCAUCCGAGUUUUGGACCAUCGGAUUCCCCUUCCGAUUGGUCAUCUGCUCUCGAUCUCCGAGCAAGCCAACGAGCGAAUGUUACAACAUUGCAAAGCGAACCGAAAGCGUUUCGCCCUUGCCAGAACCCCGAACGCGAAAGCCAAAAGCCCCGCGCCCGAAGAAAACCCCGCAAGUACUUCGGAUCCGAUACGGAUAGGUUUAAUCCAGAAAGAUGAUCAUUUCCUGCGAAUUAAACCAAUUCCGUGGAAAUCUGCCGAGUGCGAUAUAGAAAUUUGGGGAAUUUCUUACAAUGCUAUUAUAAGUUCGGGAGCAGCUGUGUUGGCUAUCUCACUGAGAGCGGUCGAAAGUGCAGAUAGAAAAAACGACCUGAUCACGCUUUCUGAGAAAGAUCAGCUAGUUUUGGCUGACGAAGAAAGAAUUAAAACCGUGGGAAGAAUGACCAAUGUCGCUUUCCGAUUGGGUAAAGUGCAUGCGCUUGGGGAUGUCGUAGUACUAGAUGUCAAUACGUACGACGUUCUCUUCGGACUUCCCGCUCUUGUGGCGUUACGAGCAAACCUGGACUUCGAACGACGAUCGAUCGUCCUCCGAAAUACAGGAGGAAAACCCUACGCUGUGCCCAUGCGAUUGACCUUUCGCACUACUAUUAACACGGUUCCGUGGGUUUCGCCGAUGAUGGCAGGGACUCUCCGCAUGAUCUCUUGGGAGAAAUCCGCAGAGGGAGAGUCAUCAACAGAUGAUACGGAAAGCAGUGACGAGGAUGAUCCGGAGAUCUUGAAAUUGGCACGACAACGUGUUUGUUACCCGCCGCCCAAAACGAUAGCGAGAACGAUGCAACUGACCAGCCGAAAAAUUCAAAGGACCAAGGCGAUGAUCUUGGGCGAGCCCCUCGUGCAGAUUUCGAGGAUGGUUGAUUCUUUGGAACCCCCUCAAACUCUGUACGAAGGAAUCACCCCUCUCCUCGCCCGGUACAUCGACAAGAAGCAUUACUGUGACAUUACGGAUCUACCCAAGUCCUUACUAACCUCGGCUAAAGAAGUGAGAUUGUUACGCUUGGGGGCGGAAGCAAACUCUCUGGAACCCCCUGGGCGUUUUGAAGCAGAAACAGACGUGCUGGGGAUAAAGAUCGCAACUAAGGAAGUUCCAUGGCAGGAUGUUUGUGACGGGAUUACCCCGGAACGACACGUGGCAAUCCGAGAAGAAGAUGCCCAGAUGAUGGCCACGGUGUUCUCUUGGCGAUCGCGUCAUUCAUUCAUCUCGGCGUCUCCACCCGACUUGACAAAACAGGUGAACACGAAACAGAUUGAGGUUCGGAUCUGGGACCAACUUUUUGAACUGCACGUUCCACAAUACGUGCCAGAUGAAAUCCACGGGUGGGUUCGGUGUCCGAUGGGGAUUUGCAAUGCGCCUGCCACGUUUCAGCGAGCGAUGAACAUGACGUUCCAUAACUUCGUCAACAAGACACGGCUGACGCAAGGAAUGAUUAACUUCUGCGUGAUCGUGUACAUGGACGACAUCCUGGUCUAUUCGGAAACCUAUCACGGGCACGCGCAACACAUCAAAUGGACAUUGGGUGCAUUGAGAGACACUGGGUUCAAGAUUGCGCUUGAGAAGAGCGAAUUUUUCCUCUCGAAAAUUUCGCUCUUGGGCUAUGUCGUGACACGUGGAGGAUUGCGGCCAGACUCGAGAAAAGUUACGACGAUGAAGGAAGCUUCGGUUCCCACGUCACUGACGCAGGUUCGAACCUUCUUGGGACUAGCGUCGUACUACCGACGCUUCAUCAAGGGCUUUGCCGCGAUUGCACGACCACUAACGAAUCUGCUACGGAACGACCAGCCUCUCAGCUGGGACGCGGAGUGCCAGCAGGCCUUUGCAACCCUCAAGGACGCUCUGGCAACGGCCCCUAUUUUGAUUCGACCGGACCCCUCGAAGCAGUUCAUUCUCAUCACGGACUGGCAACCGGAAGCUAUUUCCGCUAUUCUAGCGCAGAAGGGGAACGAUGGUCGUGAACACGUCAUUGAGUAUGCGUCACGAACCGUGCCGGAUGAACGAAGAAACAACUCCGCACCUCAGGGUGAGUGUUAUGCGGUAGUUUGGGGAAUCCAACACUUCCAUCCGUAUCCCUACGAACAGAAGUUCCGCCUCGUAACGGAUCACGAGCCUCUGCUAGCGCUGAAGAAGCUCACCAACUAUACGGGCAUGAUUGGCCGUUGGGCGGUGCGACUACAAGAAUACGACUUCGAUAUCGUCCAUCGAAAGACAGAGCGACACGGCAACGCGGACGGGCUGACACGUCUGCAUCGACCUGCCAAGUGGGCGGCGCUGAGAGCAGAAGAGGAGGCCGAAGAGGAAUCGGAAGGAGAAUUGAGGAGAGAGGACGGGGAAGCAGCGGCCCGAUUGGCCGAGGACGAGGAAGAAGAGCGCGAAGCAGAAGAAGAGUCGGUGGAAGCUGAAGAAGAAGAAGAAGAAGAAGAAGAAGAAGCAGAGGAGGAGACUUCGGAGGAAGAGGAAGAGGCCUAUAGCGAGUACAGCGAGGGCGAGCAAAGUGAGGAGGAGGACGAAGACGACGAAGAAGUGGAAAGCGGGGACGACCAGGAGCCAACACACGACGAGCUCGAGUGGGUGCCAGGACCGGAUCGGCGAGAGGAGAACCCGGAGGCUGCUGCGCAGCGCAAGAAAGAGAUCGCAGAAGGAAAGCGGCUGGCGAUCGAUCCCGCACUGAACGAUCCUUUCAAGGAUCCCGGGCCGCCCAAGCCAGAACAUGGAGACCUUGCUGCCACGACCUCGGGAGCCGCGACGACAAGGCACCGAUCCCGAUCCCGAUCCACGUCCCCCUCCGCCUCCGCCCGUCCCCCAAUUCGUCAACGUGUCAAUGAGGGGCUUAGCCCUUCGUCCCCGAUCCAUAUACCACCAUCCCCUUAGCUAUCUCUCUUUCAAUCAGUAUUUCCAUCGUGUCGUCUACCCCUGUAAUCCCUUCCCCAUCGCCACCUUCCGA